AUGAACUUGCUUCUUCUGUGCCUCGUGGCCGGUUCCUUGGCCUAUGUGUCAACAACAACCUACUCGAGAUAUCGCAACGCCUCUGCUCACGAGUCUAUUGUGCUCAACGCGCAACAACUCCGCGAGGAGCCGAUGCUCAAGAUAACAAGAGGACUGGAGCCACUCAAAGCGUUGACCGAAAAGAAAUUGGUGCUCACCUGUGAUGUCCUCUACCGUCCUGCUGCAACCAUCAUGUGGACAUUCAACGAACUCCCCAUCCAAGGAGACCUGGAAAUCUCGAUGGAAGAUAAAAUAAUCAACAUGGAUACACCAGUCUAUGAAGCAGGCAAUCUUCGUUCCACAUUGACCAUCGAGUGUCCAUCCACCGCGGAUACUGGAGUGUAUCGAUGCAUCACCACAAACGGAAUCGAAACGGUUUCCAGUGCGGCUUGGAUCGAGUUUGUAUCCUCCGGCGAUGAAUGCAAAUCGAACGGAAUCAGUGGUCCUGUCAUCACCCAAUGGUCCUACUCCAGAUUUGAAUACCGAGGAAACGCGGCAAUUUUGGUUUGCCGUGCGGAUCGCCCAGCAGAAUGGAUCUGGAAGAAUGCCGAUAAUGAGACCAUCGAAACCGGGGGACGCUUUGAGAUUCUUCCAAACGGAGACCUCUUGAUUCAAAACAUCAGUUGGGCUGAUAUGGGACCAUACUUCUGCACUGCUCGCAAUGAGUUUGGAGAAUCCGGAGAAGUCACCUUCCUCUAUCCGUUCCGGGCACCAAGACGCUUCUAA